GUACCCUUCGCUUCUUCCCUCCUCUCCAUCCGCCACAUCUGGUGGCUCAGCAAGGGCAAAUAGGUGGUCAGGAUGAAUAUGGCGUGGCAAAGGCCGCUUCGUGGGCAGCAUCGAGGAACGAUACGGUUCAGGGCUCCUUGGCCGUCAAUAGCGUACCCGACACCAGCACGCAACGACAUAGCACGGCCUCGAGUCUUCCAAGCGUCUCCAAGCUCGGCAAGAUGCUUCGCCGCUCAAGCCUCUGUCAUCCAGGCGGUGCAAGAAGCCGAAGUGGCACGAUCCCCAUUCUCUCCAGCAUCCCUCGAAGAACAGGAGACACCCACGCCUUCGCCAUCCAGAGUACAGCUGCGGCCUUACCAAGAGCGUGCAGUCAGCGAAUGUCUCCAAGCGAUCGCCUCCGGUGUCACGCGAAUAGGUGUCUCCUCUCCCACAGGCAGCGGCAAGACGACGAUGUUCACCGAGCUGAUCGCACGCCUGCCACCAAUCCAACACGAGCCCUCCUCCUCGGCCCACCCACCUGGCACCCGUGUCCUCAUCGUGGUCAACAGCAUCGAGCUCGCCCUCCAAGCAUCCUCAGCCGUAACGCGCACCCAUCCGCACUUACACGUCGAGAUAGAGCAGGGAAGCAACUUCAAGGCCUCGGGACUCGCAGACGUAACUGUCGCUACAUAUCAGACACUGAUGCGGGGAGAGGGGAGGCUGGAGAAGUUCGACCCGCGAGGCUUGAAGGCGGUGAUAGUCGACGAGGCGCAUCAUGCUGCCUCCAAAAGCUAUAUCCAGCUGCUGGCGAGGUUCGAUGAGGAGGUGGGGCUGAGUAGGGAGGAGAGACAGGAGCGAGAUGCGCCUGGUGAUGCUACCUGUUCCACCUCCCCCACCUCGUCCUCGCUCUUACGAAGCGCAUCCCGCGUCCCCAUACUAGGCUUCUCCGCCACCUUCACCCGUCACGAUGGCCUCUCCCUCGGGCGCAUCUUCAGCCGUAUAGUAUUCCAUCGCGACUUCCUAGACAUGAUCGACGACAAAUGGCUCUGCCCUGUUCGCUUCACCUCCAUUCGCUCCGACCUCGAUCUCUCCUCCGUCAAAGUCUCGCAAGGCUCAGGGGAUUACCAGACAAAGAGUCUGAGCAGUUUCGCCAACGUUCCCGGGAUCAACAGAUUGAUCGUAAGGACCUGGCUGGAGAAGGCGCACGCGAUGGGGAGGGGGAGCACGCUCGUGUUCUGUAUUGACGUCCAGCAUACCAUCGAUCUCACGGCGACAUUCAGAGAAGCAGGGAUCGACGCACGAUACCUUCACGGUUCUGUGUCAGCCAAAGAGCGCAAGCAGCUCCUGGCCGACUUCAGGGCGGGGACGUAUCCCGUGUUGCUCAACUGUGCCAUUCUCACCGAGGGGUUCGACUUGCCCCAGAUAGAUACGGUUGUGCUUGCUAGGCCGACUAGGUCGAGGAACUUGUUCAGCCAGAUGAUCGGGAGAGGAUUGCGAUUGAGCCCACAGACGGGAAAGAAGGACUGCUUGGUAAUAGACUUGGUUGGCAAUAUCGAGAGAGGGGUGGUCUGUACACCGACCCUUUUCGGGUUGGAUCCUGAUGAGGAGAUGGAGGGUCUCUCCAUUGAGGAGUUGAAGCGGCGGGCAGAGGAGGCUGCUGCUGCACGGGAGGAAUCUGAAGGCGAUGAGGACGAAGACGUAGACCCGGAGAAGGUCACCUACAUCGACUAUGCGUCCCCACGGGAACUGCAGCGGGCUCUCCUCUCCAGGAAAGGCCACGAUCACAUCGCCCGCUUAUCGCCGAAUGCAUGGGUGGACUGUGGUGGGGAUGUGUACAUUCUGGAAGUCCCCCGCAAAGGUUUCAUCAAGAUUGAGCGGUGCGACAGCGGGGACGGCGUGGCUGAGGAGGGCGAGGCGGAGACGAGCGCCAGUGGCGAGCAGGACGACAGGUCUAGAGGCCCGUGGCAAGCCACCUUCACCCGCCGCAAUGCGGAUAUGGAUGAGGCUCUGGCUGAGAUACCCAAUCGGCGAUCCUUCUCCCCCUUCCGGCGGCCAGUGUCCAUCUUCGGUCGUGAUACCAGUAGUGGGGGCAAUGAUACAUCCGAUGGCGAAGGUGCGGCCGCUCCUACCCUCGAAGCGGCGGUGAGGGCAUGCGACACCUACGCGACCAAGCGUGUCCUCUACGGUGCCGGGCCGCAGAGCCCAUUGAUCAGAAGAGAUGCACCCUGGCGUCGUCAGCCGGCCAGCGAAUCUCAGCGCCAGCUUGUGGCAAAGAGGAUGGGCUGGCAACACCUCGAAGAAUCUAGUAUCGCUUCUGACGGGGCAAGCGACGCCCAUGCGGAGGAGACUUUGCGCACCUUGACGAAGGGCAAGGCGGGAGAGAUGCUGACUCGCCUCAAGUUCGGGUUUCGCAGGAGGUGGGAGGGGGAGGUCAAAGCGAAGAAUCGGGAGGUGAAGGCGAGGGAGAAGGAGAGGAUCAGAAGGGAGAAGGAGAGGGUGAAGGUGGGCGACUUGCAAGCGUGACGAAGGGUCUGUGCAGCCGUGGAUAGGAUCCUGUUGUACAUUUGAGAUGCCAUUGCUGUCAGUGCUAGUCCCAAUCGUCUCCAUCCCCAGUCGUACCCUGGGGCGCGAACCCGUAGACCGGUUUGUUGGCGUUCUGCUUCGAGCGAGGAAUAAUGACGCCAGCGGUACCUAACCUCUCCUCCAAUUCGUGCAACUUGAAACUAUCCGUAUUGCCCAGCUCCUCAAACCCAACAAUUCGAUCCUUCACC